AGGAAGACCUAGAAAAGAUGAAAAUCAAGGAUCCCAUAGGCCUAUUGUUACAUCAAAAGCGGAUGGAGUUGGUUCAGAUGGAGAACCUGACUCAGAGGAUGAGGCAGCUGGAGAGAGAAAACCAGCAUCUCAAACAGAACAUGGAGACUAGGAGGGAGAUGGAACGCAUCCAUCAAUCAAACAUGAUGGAGCUGGAAAGGAAGAUGAACAUGUUGGAACAGGUAUCUGGACCGCAGAUAACCUCCCUUCACUCCAUUAUUGAGGAGAUGUCUCAGAGGUUGAGAAAAUUGGAGACAGCGAACCUCAUUAUGAAUGAGGAAAUGAAGGCUUGGAUGGAAAGGGAACUGCAAAUAAAUAUUAAAAUGAAAGAACAACAAUUGUUGAGUCAACAGGAAAUUGCUUCCAUUCAGAAGAUGAAUGAGAAACUGCUGCAAAGGUUGAGAAAACUGGAGACUGAAAAUUGGACUCAGAAACAAGAAAGGGCACUGGAAAUUCAACUUAAAAUGAAGGAACAACAGUUGUUAAGUCAACAGCAGAUUGUAUCGCUUCAGAAGACGAAUGACAAACUGCUUCAAAGAAUGAGUAAUCUGGAGAUGGAAAACUGGAGACAGAAAGAACAAAUGGAGACUUGGAGGGCAAGAGAACUCCAAGAGAGAGAGAUGGGUAAAUGCAAUGCAAUGAAGGAGCUAGAAAGGAACAAUGAAAUGAAGGAACAACUGCUGGACGCCAAGGUUCAAGAGAACUUGCUGAAAGACGAGCAAAACAUGAAUGAUGACAGACAGAGAAAUGGCAGACAGACGGAUGAAAAGUGGCAGGGCCUUGCCAGUGAGACAGAUAAAAACAGUGGUGAAGAGCAAAGCUGUGGAGACAAAAGAGGAGUGCUGGAAACCGGUCAACUUGUGGCCAUGGAAACGACAGCUCGGGCAAACUCAGAGAACACUCUACUGAAGUCACCUUUACACCGAGAUCACCUCUCUCCCAUUGUGGGAAAUGGGACAGCAAAGUGUUUGCCACCCUUACAAGACAUGGACUGAGAUCAGCUGCAUGAUGGUUCAAAGGCAGCAAUGGAGACCUCAAUGAAGCAGAAGAAAACGACCAACAGACAAAGAGCGACUGAGAAAAGGAAAGAGAAAGAAGUAAAACAACUGGAGAUGGACAGGCAGAAAACAGAGAAAGAGAAAGAGAUGAGGGAUGAACAAAGAAAGAAAGCUACACUGAUUCAGAGACUGGAGGAGGAGAGACAGAAGGCUUUGGCAGAAGUGGCAGCAAUGCUGAGAAAAGGUGUUCUGAAGUAGGCAGACCUGAGGGCAAUGACAUCAUUAUAAAUUCUUUCUUACAGAUUCACAGACUAUUUUUCAAGAAACGGAUCUUCCACACUUAUCUGUCUUUUUACAAGUGAAGCCAAAUAAACAGCAAAUAAAAUAUGUUUGAGCAUUA